CCGUCGGCUACGGCCAGCCGUCCUUCCACGUUCCUCGCCAUCUGAUUUUUAUCUGAUUGAUUUGAUUGAUUUGAUUGAUAAACCAAAGUUCGCGCUUCACCCACAAUUCUGGUGUUGUUUCGGCGACAACAUGGCUUUCUUUAGAGAGACGUUGAGUCCUAUGCUCGUUCUCUCAACAAGCCUGCUUGUCAUUUCUGCUUUCAACUAUGGCUUCAGCGAUCAAGCGUUUGCCUCCUGUCAGGCAAUGGACGCAUUUGACCGACAAUUCGGCUAUUAUAACGAAAAGACCCAUACGUGGAAACUGCACCCUUUGUUCACGUCCUUGUAUAACAGUCUGAAAGCUGGUGGGCAGAUUAUCGGCGUGCUUCUCGGUGGGUAUAUCAGUAAUAAGUAUGGACGACGAAUGUGCAUAUCUGUCAUGAGUCUAUAUGCUCUAGGAAGUGCCUCAGUGGUGAUAAGCUCUCGAAAGGACGCCCAAAUACAAGCUGGCAGAGCUCUGCAUUACAUCUACCUUGGUAUGCAGAUGGCGGUGAUUCCAACAACGUUGACCGAACUAGCCCCAGCAAAGGUCCGUGGUGGAAUGGGAGUCUUGUACUGGCUUAGCAUCAAAGUCGGCGGUCUCGUGGUCACCUCGAUCACUCGUGGAACAUCCUCCAUAUCUUCAAAUGCGGCCUGGCGAAUCCCCUUUGGUCUUAUCCUCAUCGUCCCAUUUAUGAUCAGCUGGUCGAUCUGGUUCAUUCCCGAAUCCCCGCGAUGGCUUCUUCUCCGUAGUCGACAUGCCGAAGCUCUUGCGUCUUUGACUAGACUCAAGCCCAAGGAUACACCCGAGGAGACGAUACGAGAGGAGUUUGAGAUCAUGUCUGAAAAGGUUUCCCACCAACUCGAGAAGAAGCGCUUUCGUGAUCUUUUCACGCCGCAGAACCGACAACGCACGUUUGUGGUCGUUGCUGCGAAUUUCUUCCAGCAAGCUACUGGCCAGGCUUUUGCUUCGCAAUAUGGUACUCUGUUUGUAAAGCAGCUAAAGUCGAUUAACGCAUUCAGCGUGAGUCUCGGCAUUAAUGCCAUUGAUAUUGGGGCUAUUGUUAUCUCGGGAUCUCUUAUUGAUCGCGUUGGACGCCGGACAAUGUUCCAUGUCAGUUCGACCAUGCAAACAGCAGCAUUGAUGACAAUGGGUGCCUUGGGAACUGCAGACGCGAGUGACGUAUCGGCUAAACAAGGAAUCGUGGCCAUGUUGAUCCUAUACAGCUUUAGUUGGUCUCUUGGCUGGGCGCCUCUUGUUUAUGUGCUUGGUGCAGAACUUCCAUCGUCUCCUUUGCGAGAGAUGACUUUGCAGAUCGCCUAUUUCAUGAAGCUUAUUACUGAAUUUGCCGUGACAUUCUCCUACCCGUAUAUGGAGACGGCUGAUACCCCAGGACAUAUUUAUCUUGGUGGCAAAUUGGGCUUUAUCUAUGGCUCCCUCUCGGCUGUGGCCAUUCUCUUCGGGUUCUUCUUCAUUCCAGAGACCAGUCGUCUGGAGCUUGAGGAUAUCGAUAGGAAGUUUGAUACACCCACCGUGGACUUUCUCAAGUCCGUUGAGGACCAGAGAGACGCGGAAGAAACGACGAUGACAGAGGUUCAUGAACAGAAGAACUAGGACAGGGCCUUGGGCAUCACACAUGCAUCGACAAAGCGGUGAUGUGAUGAUUGUAUAGAAUACUCCAAUUCAAAGAAAUACCCAAAUGCAUUAUCGCUCAUUACACUCCCAAAUACUCCGUCGCCAAGAAAUGCAUCAUAGUAAACGCCAGCACUAAGAUCCCGAAAGUAUAGAGAAUAUACCACUCAAACAACGACUCCUCUCCGUUUCCAGCCCCUCCAAGCAGCUGCCCAAACCAGAAUAGCAACCCAGACACUGACAGUGCAACCCACAGCCCACAGUCCAUAGCACCUCCAGCCAUGGCACUGACCAUCAGAGGAGCCGAAACCAGCACCUGCAUCAAUUGCAUUCUGGUAGGCAGUGGAGUAGACCACGCCCCAAAGUGCAGCACCGAGGGCAGGCAUCAUAGCAACGAUACCCCAAUUCGUAGCAAAAUUCUCCACGCCCCAUACCACCGAAAUUAUAAUUGGCGUCAGAGAGAACGCACUACCAUAGCCGAAGCCGACCAAGGCGGUUGUGAGAUGGAAGAUGGCUGGUUCCUGAAGGGGAAUUGGUGUUGACAGAAUCAAGUAGCCAAUUGAGAGUAGGAAGGCUGAAGGGAGGAGGAAGGCCAUCCUGGAGAUCGUUAGGCGGCUGUCGGAUGGAGUGGUAGAUCGGCGCCGGGCACCCUCAGGGAUAGGCGGGAAGAGAUGUGUAGCGGGGGGUGCGAAGAAGUCUGAUAGAGAGCCGGUGAGAAGGCGGGCAAUUGUUGAAGUCAAGGCAACGGUAGUGACAUGGGUUGAAGGAAGACCAGCGGGAGGCGAAGCAUCUGCCUCGUAGGAAGGAGGAGUCAAGGUGGGAAUGAUAGUCCCGAG